UCGAAUUAUCGAAUUUAGGAUUUAGGUGGCCGUGAUUUGACAGCUGCUCUACUUCUGCUUGUUUCUUUUUGUCAAUAUAUUUUUGUUGAACGUUUUUGCCGUAUUCCUGUGAUUUUCGUACUAAAACACACCAGGGGAAUAUUUGACAUGUCCCUGACUAUUCAGCAAAUUCUCUCUGAUGCCAAACGUCUUGCAAGUCGAUUGAAAGAACACGAUACUGCUGCUGAUGUUUUGCUGUCCCAAACUCAGUUGGUUUACAAACAACUUGAUGCCAUGAAACAGUAUCAGGAAGAUGUGAAUGAAUUAAAUGAGGUGGCACGACAGAGACCACAUGCAGCUUUAGCUGCUGGUAUUCAACAAGAAAAUCGUCAUUUGCGGAAAUUACAACAAGAAAAUCGUGAGCUCCGAGCUGCACUGGAAGAACAUCAAAAUGCUUUAGAAUUGAUCAUGAGCAAGUAUAGGCAACAGACUGAUACUCUCAUCCGUCAAAAUAAAAUGGAUUUUACAAGAAUGUGUAAUGCUACUGAUAUGGAUAAAGUACACGAACAGUCAGAAAAGAUCAACGAAAUGGCUGCAGUUAUGAACAGAGUUGCAGCAAUGGAUGAAGAAAGUUCCAUUCGAGACAUAGAAAACAUGACCCAAUUAUUAACAGAAAAUAGGGGCCUUAGAGAAAUGCUUCAAAUUUCAAGAGGGUCGUAUAAUGCAAUCCAACAAGAAGUUCAACCAAGCGAUGAGGCAAAGGCAGCUUUGAAAGAAACUGAUGAGUAAGAUGAUUAUUGUUUAUGAUAGAAGCUACCACAAGCUGUGCUUAAGGAAUUGACUGUUUAAUAUGUAGGUUGUCUCUUUAAAAGACCAGAUUGUCCAAGGAAUAACUUUUAGUAUUUAUCAGGAAUAUACCGUAUAUUAUUACAUGUACUACAGUUUGACCGACCAACCGUUUAUGAGCUGAAGAAAUUCAUGAUAGAGCUGUAGAUGAAAAAUUUACUGAAAACACAAAGGCUUCUAUUUUCAGGUGUCUGGGAAUUACAUGUUAUUUUUAUGAUCAUGAUUACUAAUGUCAAUUAGGUGUCAAAGUUUAUAUUGUUCAUAAAAAUAAUAAAAUACUGUUUUUCUAGUGGGAGUAUCUACCUUUUAUCUGAUGUGAACUGACAUAAAAAUAUCUAAAAAUACUUUCUUUUCACUUUCAUGUGAUCUUUUCACUACUUUCUCUCAAGUGAAAACUUAAAAUAACUCAAAUUGGCAUUUUGUACAAUAGAUGUCUUAUUUGAGGCAACUGUAAAACUUUAAGAACUUGUUCUCUUGUCACGUUUUGUUUUUGUUCUGUGAUGUACUUGCAUUAGUUAAAUCAUCAAAUUGUUUUUCCUGAUGAUGCCCAUACUAAUUUACUUUCCAUUUCUGGGCAGCAUGAAACUCCAUAGUAAAGCGUUAAAAGAAUAUCACUUGUAAGUCUUUUCUUUUUUACUUUUGUAUAAUAUGCUAAACCCCUAAUUUUAAUUAACUGUUGAUAUUAUGUUCUUUUUCUGUUAUGUUUUUUUGAUAUGAUACAUUAGAAAAUGUGCAAUAUCAUGUGUCAUGUGUGGUGAAUUUAGCCUUGUGAGGCAGAGGCGCCCUCACCUAAGCUGAGCCUGCUGUCCUGAUGCUGGGAUUGGCUAGCCCAGCAUGGCAAGCCAAUCAAAGUCCUCAAAACCUCUGAGAAAAGCUGGCGCAGCUGAGGUAACGCGCCUGUCUCACAGGACUAAAUCCACCUGUAUGAAACUGCUAUAAAAUUUUGUUUUUGUUAUGAAGUGUAAUAUACAAAAAUUUUCAGCUAA